AUGUCUCCGCCGGACGAGCUGGUUGCCGCCGGCAGCCGGACUCCGUCGCCGAAGAUCACGGCGGAGGCGCUGGUGAACCGGUUUGUCGGAACUAACGCUUCGGCGGUGACCGUACAGAUCGGCGCGAACGUCCAAUUGGCUUACACUCACCACAACGAGUCGGCUUCACAGCCCAGAUCAUUUGCAGUUAAGGAUGAGAUAUUCUGCUUGUUCGAGGGAGCACUUGACAACUUGGGGAGUCUGAAGCAACAAUAUGGUCUUGCCAAGUCUGCAAACGAGGCGGUGUUGGUCAUUGAGGCUUACAAGGCUCUCCGAGAUCGGGCACCUUACCCUCCUAACCAUGUUGUUGGACACCUUGAGGGGAACUUUGCCUUUGUUGUUUUUGACAAGUCCACUUCUACCUUGUUUGUGGCCACUGAUCAGUUUGGUAAGGUACCCCUGUAUUGGGGAAUCACUGCUGAUGGGUAUGUGGCAUUUGCUGAUGAUGCUGAUUUGCUUAAAGGGGCUUGUGGCAAGUCACUUGCUUCUUUCCCACAAGGAUGUUUCUUCUCGACGGCAAUUGGAGAACUGAGAAGCUACGAGAAUCCUAAGAACAAGAUCACUGCUGUUCCUGCCACCGAGGAGGAAAUCUGGGGAGCCAAAUUCAUGGUGGAAGGGCCAGCUGUUCUUGCAGCCACAAAGUAG